AUGAGAAGCCGUUGCGUCUGGUAUUCUCUGGCUCUCCUCUCGAUCUUGCUCUCACUCUGGAGCAGAAACGUCGACGGUAUUCAAAUAUGGGGCAUGCAGACAGGACGUGCUCCGCUCGUGGAAAAGUUCGUCUGGAAGACGCUGGACUUUGCGUAUCCGGAUCAGCGCAGCAGAGAAUUGGCGAUCAGAAACGGCGAAUACGUGCCGGAGAAUUCUCUGCCUGUGGGCAUCGAGAUUUGGAGGAACAAGCUCUUCGUCACGGUACCAAGGUGGCGCAAUGGAAUACCAUCUACAUUGAAUUACAUACAGUUGGACGUUAAUAAAAGUGGAUCGCCGCAGUUAAUACCCUAUCCGAAUUGGUCCCAGAACAGAGCUGGUGACUGCGGCAGCGGGUUGACCACCGUCUACAGGAUUCACGCAGAUGCGUGUGACAGAUUGUGGGUGUUGGACACCGGAACGAUAGGAAUCGGCGAUACCACUGUGCAAGCCUGUCCUUAUACCUUGAAUGUUUUCGACUUGAGAACGGAUAGAAUUAUAAGGCAAUACAGGCUCCGAUCGGAAGAUAUUAAUCAGAAUACCUUCAUUGCCAAUAUCGCGGUUGAUCUCGGGAAAAACGGUUGCGAUGAUGCCUUCGCUUAUAUGUCCGACGAACUCGGCUACGGUCUGAUCGUGUAUUCGUGGCAGCAAAAUACAUCCUGGCGAAUAACGCACAGUUAUUUCAUGCCGGAUCCUUUGACGGGUGAUUACAAUAUCGGAGGCUUGAACUUCCAGUGGGGAGAGGAGGGUAUUUUUGGAAUGAGCCUGUCACCGAUACAAUCAGAUGGCUAUCGAACUCUCUUCUUUCACCCUCUUAGUAGUCAUCGGGAGUUUGCGGUUUCCACGAGGAUCUUGAGAGACCAGCGAUUGGCGCAAAACAGUUAUCAUGAUUUUCAGGUUUUGCCGUCGAGAGGACCGCUUUCUCAUUGCACGGCAUCUGUGAUGGACGAGAACGGUCUUCAGUUCUUCAACCUGAUCGAUCAGAAUGCAGUCGGCUGUUGGAAUUCUAUGCUACCUUACGCGCCGAUUAAUCAAGCAGUUAUCGCCAGACACGACGAGGCUAUGAUAUUUCCAGCAGACAUUAAGGUGAAACGUGGCUUACUCUGGAUCAUAUCGGAUCGAAUGCCGAUUUUCCUGAUGUCGACGUUGAAUUACACCGAUAUAAAUUUUAGAAUUCUCACCAUGUCAGUUCAAACAGCGAUCGCAGGAACGAUUUGCGACAGUAUGCCGUUGAGAUUCAUCAGCAAUCAGAUCUGGUAAAAUUGACGGUCCAUUACAU